AUGACUUCUUUCGGUGGAAAAGUAGAUGAUUAUGUUAAUACUGGGUCCACGCCAUACGUGUUUAAGGUUGAGGGCCACGUUUAUCAUUCGUUGGGUUCAUUGUGCUCCACAGAUAAUGAACCACCAAGAUUUCUGCAAAUUUAUAUCUAUGAUACUGAUAACGAAAUUAUGAACAGGCUUCAAUUCUUUGAUGGGAUUACAUGUUCACGGUUAAGUGUUGAUGUUGUUUCUACAAUUCUUACAGCCCUUGAGGGAUGUAAUAAAUUGGUGAGGCUUUUCAGAAAUGCUAGAGAUUUUACUCUUUCGUCUAACUUGCCUUCAUUUACAAUUCGUUUAUAUGACAUUGUUAUUCGGCACAAGGCUACUGGUCCUCAACGAAUAAGCAAUCUUCAUCCGUUAUACAUGGCUUUGCAAUAUCCUUUGUUGUUUAUUUAUGGUGAAAGUGGUUGGUCCCGUGACUUACGACUUUCUGGUGUUUCUGGAAAAGAGGACAAAAAUAUUUCUAUGAAUAUGUUCUAUAGUUAUCAACUUCAUGAUCGUCUUAACAUCUACACAUUGCUGCUGCGAGGAGGUCGUCUAUUCCAGCAAUAUCUGGUUGACGCCUACGUGUGUAUAGAGCAGAAUAAGCUAGAAUAUUACAGAUGUAAUCAAAGUUCUCUAAGAAGUGACGUGUUGAAAGGCAUACAUGAUGCUAUUCGUCGUGGUGAUACUGAGGGACGUGAUAUAGGAAAACGUACUAUUCGACCUUCAUUAUUUACGGGGGGUCCACGAUACAUGUACAAGCAUUAUCAGGAUGCGUUAGCGAUUUGUAGAGUACAUGGAAACCCUCAAUACUUCAUCACUUUUACAUGCAACGUUAACUGGCCUGAAAUUCGUAGAUAUUUAACUAAGUAUCCAGUACUUCAAGCGCAAGACCAUCCCGAUAUCAUAGCUCGUGUUUUCCAUAUGAAAGUUGCCUCAACUGUCAACUUUCUUCGUAAUAACAGGCCAUUUGGGAAAGUAUAUUUCGGCAAAAAUUCCAGAUCCUGUAAGGACCCGGAUCUGCAUAGGAUUGUUACCGACUUCAUAAUACAUGGACCAUGCGGUACUGUUAGACCCAACGCGCCAUGUAUGUCAUUCGGUCCUUCUUUUGGUGAUACAGAAGGUGACACUACGUUUGAAAUCGACAAGAUUAAGAACUAUGUUGAUGGAAGAUUCAUAUGUCCACAUGAGUCAGCUGAAGAAUUCUUGAUUUCCACAUUCAUCAAUGGAAUCCUGCAGUACAGGGAAAAUAGGGACAAUGAGAAAUUAGAAAACAUUGUUAGAAACCCGUUAUCAAGGCGUACUACAUUAACAGAAUGGCUUUACAACAAUUGCAAUGAUGAGAGUGGACGACAUCUGAAUUACGUAGACUUUUUAUCAGAGUAUAGAUGGGAUGCCUCAAGUAAGAGAUGGAUACGUAGAAUAACAAAUAGAACACCGGCGAUUGGGAGACUUAUCUACGUACAUCCAGCAUGUGGUGAAACUUUCUACCUGCGUUUAUUGCUGUCACACAAGAAAGGUUGUCGAUCCUUCGAGGACAUUCGUACAGUUUCUGGAGAGGUGUCAAACCCUAAACAAUUGUGGGACAUGCAUUGGCAAAGAAUGGCUGAUGACGUUGUGCAUAAACAUCAUCUCUUAAACGAUGAUGAUAAGAUGAAACAUGUUUUGUAUGAGCUUGAACUAUUAUUACACACUGGAUCGUCUUCCUCUUUGUCAGAGUUAGGGUUGCCAAUGCCAAAUCCAAUAGUUGUUGCAUCAGUGACAAAUAGACUACUCAUGGAAGAAAGAAAUUAUGACAAGCAACAACUUGCAAUCGAACAUAUGUCAUCACGGUCUGAUCUCAAUCCACAACAAAAGAGCAUAUACGAUUAUGUUUUGUCUACAUUAGAAUGA